UUGUUCCAUUCAAAAGUUUCUGACGUGAAUAUUAAGUUUUAAGCAGUAAUAAAGUUUUAAUUUUAAACUAUAAUCAUGUUAUCAAACAAAAACAAAAAAAUAAGAAAUAAAAUGAAACUAUUUAAAGAAAUAAUAUCAAGUGAAUGCAUCGAACAAGUAAAACAAAUUGAGUCUGGUAAAAUUAAAGAGGUUAUUUUUGUUGAUCAUGCCAUCGAUCCAAAAUGUUUUUUACCGGUUGAACCUAUCGCUAAAUUCUUUUUUAAGUUUUCAGAGGGCAUUUUGAAUCAGUAUGCUUCCGAUUUCAACUAUUUUGAUAACACUAAGUUUGCUGUUGAUCUUUUUUUAAGGCAUGGAAAAUGUCAGCAAGAAACAGAUGAAUAUUUUGCAAAUCUCAAAAGAAUUUAUACUACUUUUUCUGUCACUACACCUGAGCCGUUGCUUGACACUACAAAUGCUUUUAAUGAUGUUCAAGAUCCUAAACAGUUGAAACCAUUAAAUACUAUUUUUGAAAAGGAUAAAACAGUAUAUAAAAAUGCACUGAAAUGUGUCUUUUUGCCGCUUUUACACAAUGUGGAUAAUCAUUCCAAAACUUCACCUGUUCCACUAAUAAGGCUGAGGGGACCUUUACAAAUCAAGAAAGAUUGCAUCUAUUGGAAAAAUAGUGAUACCACUAUGGCUGCACUUCAAAUAGCAUUUCAAGUAAGUCUCUCUCUUGAGAACAGAAUACGCCUGGAAUUAAGCAAUUCAUAUAAAGACUGCUCUUCAUCUCAGAUACGAGUUGAGGACAUAUAUAAUCAGAUUCAAGAUUUAAAAUCCAAUUCCAACAUGUUUUAUAAUUAUGAUGACCCAUAUUAUGAAGAUUGGAAGCAAACAGAGUUGAAGCAUCUUAAUGAAUUACUUAGCAAGUUACCGGUCUUUAAUUUUGUGCCAUCAGCUGAAAAGUCUUCAAAUACUACAGAUUAUCAUGAGCAAUUUGAAAUUUUGAUUAAAAAAAUUCUAAAGUACGAUUUGUAUUCAAUAGAAAGAAAUAGUAAAAAAGGUGAAAGUAUACCUAUUGUUCCAACUAGUAAAUCUCUGAAAGUUUUAAAAGAGUUUGGUGUAAGAUUUGGGGUUGGACAAGUUUUUAGGAAAAUAUCAACUUUAUCUACUAUGGUUAUGCAUUGUUUUGAAUACACUGAUUACUAUUUGAAUUGCUUGAAAUAUUGUCUAAUAGAUACAAUAAAAUUCCUGGAAAACAGAGAUAAAUGUUGGUUUUUAAAAGAGAAUAAAAUGAUGGAGCAUACGUUGGAAACUUUGCAUCAAAAAUUGGAAUAUUGUUUUGAAAAACUUUUUGAUCUCUAUAAUCAACAAAAUUUAUCAAAAAAAGGUGUUAGUAUACUCAUUGAACUUUUAGAGCAUACAAUUAAUGCCAAGUCCUACUUUAGUAAUCAAAAACAAAAGUGCGAUGUAGAAAGCUUGCUUGCAAAGUACCUGAAGGUUGCUGCAGAGAAAUACUAUAACACAGUGAAAAUGCAAUUUGAAUCUCUUAAGUCUCAAGUUUUGUUUUAUCUCUUGAAGGAAACAAAAUUUUGCUUCAAAGACUUUCAAGAAAUCUUUGCAACAGAAAAUUUGGAUAGAUUUCCAAACUUGCAUCCAGUCAUUGCAAAUACUUUAUAUAAUUGCUUAAUGAGAGAUGCUCAACCAUUUUUUCAAGAUAUUCUUUUUACAAAAAUAGUGGAUCAAGAUAUAUUGCAUUUGAUUUACUGUUUUAUAAAGUUGGACGAGGAAUGGACUUAUUAUAUCAAUAGAAGUACGCAAGUCUGGCAAAAUUCAUUUGAGGAGUUGCUAUCUGGUAUUUUAAAAAGUGUUUCUUCCAAAAUUCAAUCGUUAAUUAUGUUAUCUUUAAAAAAAGACAAUUUUUGCAUUCUUCAAUUUACUGAAAUAAAAAGAUCUGAAGAGGUAGCAUCUGAACCAGGAACAAUCAUAAAGCCCUUCGACCACAAUUUAAAUUUUUUGCCCAUACCCUCUGCAGAAAAUGUUAUUGCAGCUCAAGAACCAAAAGUUAUAUUAAUGAACAAAACAACUGAAAAUGAUAGUUGCUACAUGAGUCCUAAAUCAAGUAUUGAAAACUACUAUGAUACAAUUUAUUCAUCAUUAGACAAUUUAGAUAGUAAACUAGAUCAGUUGGAAGAGAUCAGUAUAAGUUCUUUAUAUGCAUCAAAAGGCCCAUGUACGGAAGAAGAACAAUCUGGCUCGUUGGAUUCCAAAUUUUUAAAAAACUUUUAUGAAAACCGAUAUUUUGAUUCAGAUAUAAAUAAAGCUUUGGUUACUUCUAAACUGGUAGAUUCUAUUAAUACAUCUGCACAGCAAAGUUCUAUGGUUACAUCUACACAAGAAGGUGUUAUAGUUGCACUUAAAAAUAAUGAGAAAAUAGUUAAAAAAAGAAACUUAAGAAUAUAUGAAAAUGAUUUACUUAUGGUAACCAGUUCUCUAUCGGAUUUAUUACACGUCUGCUUUGAAAUAACUGUUUUUGUGAAGACUUUUUUUUCAGUUCGCUCACCUAACCAUUUAUUCUUUCAGCGUAAUGAUAUAGUACUAAAACAAAAUUAUCUUAAUCUUGGAUCUUUAUUGAAAGUAUAUUCCUCAAGUUUGCUUCUUUUUGAUAUUUGUGGUAUUCAAAUUCUUAUGGAAGAAAAUCAAAGAAUUCUCAGGAACCAUAUUGAAACAGAGUUUUGGACAGAUCUUGUUGAAUUGAAAACAUGUGUUGGAUGUAGACAUUGUAUUGGUAUCAAAGAUCAAUUCUCAAAUUGUCAUGGAAUAUUUGACAGCUGCAUUGUUUUACAAAAACUUUUGGAGGAAUCUGAAUUAAAAAUUGAACCAGUUACAAAACAAAUGUGUUAUAGAAUCAACAAUGUAUACAGUCUUUUAUGUGUUCUUCCUAUAAUACAAAAUGAGUUUUCUAAUUCAUUCAAUAUUUCUUCAAAUGUUAUGCAAGCUAAAGAAUAUGAUGAAUAUUUUAUGAAAUAUUGUUUUGAAGCUCCAUGCAAAACACCACUUGAUUAUUCAAUUAUUAUGUGUCCAGAGUUAAUGGAUUGUAAAAAACACUUAAAACGUGUUUUAAAAGUACAAAUAAUGUUGCUUGUUUCAAGAGUAGAAGAAAUGUUCCUCUGUUUGUUUAAUGAGAGUUUAAAUUGUUCAAAAGAGUCAAUUAAUGAAAAAACUUUCUUACAUUUUUUAUCUGAUCAAAUAAAUCUCUUAAAGCACAGUAUGUAUGCUGUAUGUUUGCAAAAGUUUGUGCGAGAGUUUUUUAACCGAAUUUACGAGCUGUUUCACAAAACUUUAAACAAAAAACUGUUAGCAACAACAAAAGUUACCAAAGAAAAAAUUAUUAAUCUUGAAAAUAUGUUAAAUGAAAUUCAAAAAAUACUUAAACUUGAUAGUGAAAUAUGUAUUUGGGACCGCAAGGCUUGGGACCAAGAGCUCAUCAUUAUGUUCCGUUUUAAACUUUUAUCGAAAUCAAAAAAUGAGUUGUACAACAUGUUUCAUACAUUGUGCCAUCCUACUGGAAAUCUUUUAGCUGUUUUAAUGAAUUCUCUGAUAACCUUUGAAGAAGUGAUUUUAAAGUUAAGAUAUUUGCUACCUGAAACCUUUUAUGGGCAUGAAUUGAUUGACAAAGUGCAUUCAAAUAUGAAAUGGUACAAUGUUAUAAUUGAGUGUUUGAAAAGAAAGAAAUCAGUUGAUAAAAACAUCGGACAAUUUUUGUUAAUGGAUCAAAUCAUCGUUACAGUGCAAUCUGAACCAUUUCGCAUGGCCUCAGUCAAAACUAAAUUAAAAAGUAACGACUAUGAAUCAUCUCUUAGUCGAUUCGGAUCUUCCGAAACUUUCUUGAGUGCAGAUCUUCCAAAAGUUAAUUGUCCCCCAAGAUUUACAGAUGCGUCUGUUUACAAAUUCAUCUCGGCUAACGAUGAAUCUUUUAGUGAAAUAUAUUUUAAUGGUAUCUUAUAUCGUAUAGCUCGAAAACAAAAGUUUAGGAUUGAUGUAUUUUCAAACGAUAUUAUAAAACUUUUUAUCAACCAUUACAACUAUAAAGAAGACAAAGAUCUGAAAAUCUUCUUCGACGAUUUUUUCAUUCCAAUUCCGAAUCCAACUCCUAAAGAUUGCGAGUGCUUUCACUUUUUACGCAAUUCUUAAUUGUUAAACUUUAUAAAAGAGAUCUUAUUAUAAUAUAAAGCAAUGCCGUCAUGCAUGGUUGAACCAUUGACUAAGUAUAAGUAGUGCAAAUAUUAAUCUUUACAACAUAGAGAACUGUAUUAUAUUCUUACGAUAAGUUUAUUGUUUUAAAAUCUCAAACUAUAGUAUUAUGAUAAACCA